AUGGUUUCUAGGGAAUACUCAUGUCUUUUCGCACGCAACAGCGACAAGAAGAACAAGACAUGGAGGGACGGUGUCAUAUCUGUACAUGCUACACAUCGAUUUGCGCGUGUUUCACUCUAUGAAAUAAACGGUCACAAUAGUGCCGUUGAUUCGGCUAUUGAUGCUUUCGACUUGUUUAAUCGUGACUACGAUAACUUGACAGGCGAGACAAUCACAUCUCCCAGAUUUAUCAUCAAGGUGUUAGGUGUCAACACGGAUUUUAAAAAGACAACUGAUGAUCGCAUCCCGCCCGCGUUGGAGAGCGUGAGGUCGUUUCUGCCGGCGAAGCGCAUCUCUCGCACCCCGGCGCUAGGAACCUGCCGCGCAUUCAAGAAGUAUUGCGCUACGCAGGAUACUACACCAAAUUCUCUGCAGGCCCUACCUGGUGCGCUAAGGGGCUGCGGUAAUGGUUCUAACGAGUUGCAUUCUCUUGCUAACACGGGCAGAUGUACGGAAAUCACAACGAUUACGGAUAGAAACACAUAUCGCGCUACAAAUAAAAGCACUAUGGGCGUAGCUUUUUCUCAUCCAAGUUCGGAAUCUAUGCGUGAGUCAGUGUCGCCUUAUUCAUCAAAGAAAAUUGUCGAUACCAUAUCCUUAUCGCUUCACGAUGCGGAAACUAGGAACCCACCGUCACCUGUGAUAUCACCGAACUCGACUUCAAUGUUGACGCGAACUUUUGCCGUAAACAGAUCGACACAAGUGCCUGUAACAUUGCCGACAAUUAGUGUUAUGGACGCCAAAUGUGCUAUCGGCCCGGUUGAUGGGACAGAGAAGCAAUUUUGCGAAGCGGGAUCUGGUUUCAAGAACACAUCACCAACACAGAGGUGCUGCGACCUUAAGGAGAAUGCUCCGCCGCAGGAACCUGCAGUAGUUAGUUUGGGCAACGAGAUGAUGGUGAACCUUUUGCAAACGGCGGACGACAUAUUGUACGCUCAUAAAAGUUUUGAUGAAGCGCCCAUUGUGGAUGCAGAACUCAUUGGCUGCAUAGAGUCCGCAUUAGACCAUUUGGGUAACUUGCAGGCAGGAUUGUAA